UGAAUUGUGAGACUUAUUUUGUCACAUAAUACAUUCCUCAGCAACAUGUAGAUCGAUUGAUCUUCUUUUCUUUUCUUUUCUUUUCUUUUCUUUUCUUCUUGUUAACUUGUUUUUCGAUAAUAUAUCUGGGUUCACCAGUUCUGCUUCUUCUUGGUUGUUUUGUUUGGAGUCUACGGUGUGGACUGCUUCUUUAGAUACAGAACAACCUCGGAUGAAGGACAAAACUGUUGUCAAAGCAUUCGAGUCAAUCUAUCGUUGUAAUCAGGUCGGACAUUCAAGGGAUGUAGUCAAUUGACACUUAAGAUCAAUUGACACAUAAUUUCUCCCUAUUUCUCUUCUCCCAUCUUACUUUUCUGUUCUGCGAGCAGUAAAUCAGCAGCAGAUAUGCCGACAAUCAUUAAAAGAGGGAGAUUAGCUUUCAUAGCUGCUCUGUUUAUGAUUUUUAGUCUUCAUUAUCUCCAUUCGCGGCGCAAUAUUUGGAAUUAUGGCGCGAAUUAUAUACCUUCGAUAUCGAGACCACAUCCACCGGAUGGGAAGAUCCAUUGGUCGAAAUUGCCAGAACGAUAUCCAGUUACUUCACACAUUCCUUUACCGACUGGAAAACCAAGGAAGAUCCCGCAGAUUCAAAGUACCCCGCCCAAAGAAGACGCAGCGCAGAAAGAAGAAAGAUUAAAGCGAUUAGCGGCUGUAAAAGAGAGUUUCGUACACAGUUGGGAAGGGUAUAAAGCGCAUGCAUGGUUACGAGAUGAGGUUUCCCCGUUAUCACGGUCAUGGAAAGAUACAUUUGGUGGCUGGGCCGCUACUUUGGUGGAUUCUUUGGAUACGUUGUGGAUUAUGGGAUUGAAGGAAGAUUUUGCAAUUGCGGUGCAAUCAAUUGAGGCAAUUGAUUUUACGACGACGAAUGAGAAGGAGAUUAAUGUUUUUGAGACGACGAUUAGAUAUAUGGGAGGGUUUUUGGCCGCGUAUGAUGUUAGUGGGGAAAAAUAUCCAGGGUUGCUGUUGAAGGCUGUAGAGGUUGCGGAGUUGUUGAUGAGUUGUUUUGAUACCCCAAAUAGAAUGCCAAUUCCUAGGUGGGAUUGGAAGAAGUAGGUUUAUUUUUUCAGUAUUUGUUAGGUAAAUGACUGACCAUGAUAGAUAUCUAGAAGGAGGAGAUCAAAUAGCACCUAGGCGAGCUCUGGUUUCUGAACCGGGUUCUUUGACUCUGGAGUUCACUCGUCUUAGUCAGUUGACUGGAAACCCAAAAUAUUACGAUGCUGUCCAGCGAAUCUCUGAUGAAUUCGAGAAAAGUCAAAACUCUACUCGAUAUCCCGGAUUAUGGCCUGUCAGUGUCGACAUUCAGAAGCUUCGAUUUGACGAAGAUACGAUUUUCUCCCUCGGCGGGAUGGCGGAUUCUUUGUAUGAAUAUUUCCCAAAACAAUACAUGAUUCUCGGUGGAGUUCUAGAUCAACCUAAGAAAAUGUACGAAAAGUUCAUCUCGGUGGCCCAAGAAAAAAUGUUCUUCUCAAUCUUAAACGAAAAGAACCAAAAAAUUAAAGUAUCAGGAGAUAUCCGUAUAAAAGGUAUAGGUGAAAGCACCACUCCGGAACUCAUGCCCCGCGGCCAGCACCUGACUUGUUUCACCGGCGGCAUGGUCGGAAUUGCCUCGAAAAUCUUCAACCGACCCUCGGAACUGGCAUUGGCAGAAGAACUCACCAAUGGAUGUAUAUGGGCCUACGACAAUAGUCCCAACGGAAUCGCCCCUGAAAUCUUCAGCGUGGUCCCCUGCCCCGAAAAUCACGAUUGCACUUAUUCGAAGGAGAAAUGGUACGAUGCGCUGGCGGAAAUCCAUACGCAUCCGAUUACGAACACGAAAGCGGAUACGGAGAAGAAAUUAGAUGGGGUUGUUGAGGAGAAGAGAUUAAGUCCGGGGUUUACGGCGGUGGAUGAUCGGAGAUAUAUUUUAAGACCCGAGGCGAUUGAGAGUGUGUUUAUUAUGUGGAGGAUCACGGGCGAUAGGAAGUAUGUUGACGCGGCGUGGCGGAUGUUUAGGGCGAUAGAACGGAUUUGUAGGACGGAGAUUGCGGCGGCGGGGGUGAUGGAUGUUACUGUUACUGUGAAGAGCGUUGAGAAGGGUGAAAAAGAUGGAAAGGGUAAGGAUAAGAAGAAAGGAAAAGAUGAUAAUGAAGAUGAAGAAGAAGAAGAAGGCAUACAGCAAUUAGAUAGUAUGGAGAGUUUUUGGUUGGCGGAGACGUUGAAAUAUUUCUAUUUGUGUUUUGAGGAGUGGGAUGUGGUGAGUUUGGAUGAGUGGGUUCUGAAUACUGAGGCGCAUCCUUUGAGGAGGGUGAGGGGGUGAUAUAUUUAUAUGUAUAUAUAUUUUCUUUCUUUUGGGUGAGAGGAGGAGUGGUGAGGUGGGAGG